CCAAAAUCCUCCAAAAUCUGAAAACUGCUGUAAAUUUGAUGCCAUGAAUUCCGCUGUGGUCUCGCUGUCACUCACUCAAGAUUCACGCAAGACCGACCACACCAAACGCUAAAAUGGCUGAAGACACAGAUACACCAGGAACCCAAGACCUUCUAGACAAAGCAGAUUCGGUCAUCCAUGGCUUCAGGCGUCUGUCCGAAUAUGGUGAAUGUGGGCCGGCUAGUUAUUCAACAGAUGUCUCUAUCAAGCAUCCGCUACGCUCGAAGGAAGAUCUCUUCACUGAGCUACACUCAAGCCUGCUACCUCUACUCAAACAGCACAUCGGCAGUCUUUCACAAGCCCUGAAGAGCCCAGACAAGUUGCAGCAAGACCCGCUACCAACCCUCGAGCUCAUCCUAGAAAUCCAACCGAAACUCGCGCAGAAUUUGGAUCAAAUCAGUCACGCAGUUAACCACAUCAUUCCUGUGGGAGGACCUGAACCCAACCCAGCGACUGACCAAGACUUGAAAGAAUUUAAGGCUUAUAGACUUCGCGGCUUGGCUAAUUCUAUGCAAGAACGAUUGAAGCAAUCGAUCGGCUCCCUUUUUCAUGAUUCCCGUUUGAUGAUACAAGGGCUCCAGCUUCCGAGAGAACGAAGCCCAGCUUCUAUAGGAUAUCCAUCCUAUGAGCUCAACUGCUCGAUCGAUCGAGCCAUCAGUUGGUCAAAAGCAUCCGAAUUAAAUCUCCUCAGCGGUCAUUGGCAAGAAGCCCUAGGCCAGAUGAAUGAAGCCUUGGGCGACCUACUCUUCGUCGUCAAUCCAGAUAAUCAAGAGAUCAGUCGGCCAGUCGCUCAGCUCGCUCAAGCCUUCAUCCCACUCCUCAGGCUAAUCAAUCUGUUCUUCAAAAAAUUUUUGAAGCUGGCCUUGACCAAAGAACGUGUACAACUGUUUACAGGAAUGUCGACUGAGAAACUCGUCUUGUUUGAAAACCUGGCUGAAGAUAUCGCUGAAGUGAUCUUUGGUUUGGUGUGUCGGUUGGAAGAAAACGAUACAGAAGAUCCUUUAACUACUAGUCACUAUUUAAUUCGAGAAGUUAAAAGCCUCUAUCCUCUUUUUCAAUCGGUUCUACUUCUCCUCAAUCUCUACAUCGUACCUCUUUUCCCAGAUAGCAGUCCUUCCUCUUCUCCAGUUUACUUCAAAUCUUGGCUCGUCAUUUGGUAUACUUUGUUCUUUCAAGCUACAAACAAUACCAUCAAAGCUUCCCAGCUCUUUGAGCAAAACCAUGUUUAA